AUGGGGCUUAAAGAAACCAGAGAUGUUGAAAUUACCGUGGGCUCGGCCUCUCAAGAUGAAACUGAAGGGUCAAUUGAAAGCAAGAAAAGCAAGGAUGUUCUUGAAGGAAAGGGGUCCGCUAUGUCUGCAGAAGCUGCCGCGGUUCAGGUAGAAUUUCCAGAUGGAGGUUUAAGAGCGUGGCUGGUUGUCGUUGGGUCUGCUUUUGCGUCGUUUGCAACGUUUGGCUACGUCACAGCGUGGGGUGCUUUCCAAUCGUAUUAUGAGAAGACCCUGCUCAAAGACUAUUCUCCCUCAACGAUCGCAUGGAUUGGUUCUAUUCAGUACGCUUUGGUGUUUCUUCCAGCUCUUCCUGUCGGACGCAUGUUCGACCUCGGGUACUUUCGACUACCGUUCUUCCUAUUCAGUACCCUUGUCGUCGUCGCCACCUUCUUAACUGCGGAGUGCACCACCUUCUGGCAACUCGUCUUAUGUCAAGGAAUCCUGCAAGGCGCUGCAUGCGGAUGUACGUUCGGUCCAAUAAUAGCUAUUAUUAGCCAGUGGUUUAAGAAACGGCGAGGACUGGCCAUGGGUCUUGUAACGUUGGGAUCGUCAUUAGGCGGUACAGUUUUCCCGAUCGCAACACGGAGACUGAUAUCUCAAGUUGGGUUCCCAUGGGCUAUGAGGAUACUCGGCUUUAUCUUGCUAUUUGCGCUAGCGAUACCCAACCUAACCCUCGCCCGAAGAAUACCAGGAAGAAACGUCAAAGGCGGUCUCUUGAAUCUUGCCGCGUUCAAGUUUAUACCUUACACAGUAUGGACGGUUGCUUCGUUCGUUACGUUCCUUGGACUAUAUACCACAUUGACUUAUAUCGAUAUCGCCGCCGUAGAAGUCGGAAUACCAGCAGAUUUCUCCUUCUAUCUCGUCUCAAUCACAAACGCUUCCUCCACCUUCGGCCGUCUAAGUACUGGGCUCUUCGCAGACCGAUUCGGACCUAUCAACUUCAUGGCACCAACUACGCUCGCUGCGGGUAUCCUUACCUUCGCAUGGCCGUUCGCCAAGAGUAAGGCAUCACUUAUCGUCGUUGCUAUUAUCUACGGUGCCAUGACAGGAUCGUACGUUUCCGCAUUCAUGAUGCCACUCUUCGAAAUGGGCGAGCUUCACGAUAUCGGGCGCCGUUCAGGAAUGGUAUUGAGUAUCGGCGCUAUCGGGGCUUUGAUUGGCCCUCCUAUCUCCGGCGCUAUAAAGAAUUCUACUGGGACUUUCGAAGCAGUCGGGUAUUAUGCUGGCUCCAUGAUAGUUUUCGCUGUCUUUCUCAUGUUAGUGACCAGGCAUUUGAUGAUCGGGAAGUUGUGGGGCAAGUUUUGAGGGACGGGAAGACAGAAGAAUGCAACAGC